UUCUGCGCUCUCACUCGAGUGACCCAAACUUUAAUGCCGCUUGCUCCCCUGCUCCCCACCUCCCUCCCAAUCCCUCCCACAUUGAUGCGCCGGAGCCGCCUCCCCCUCCACGCCGACGCGGCGCAGCUGAGCUAGUCGCCGGAGCUGGGACAGCUCCAGCCGGCGGCACGCGGCAGUGAGUGAGGCGACGCGGAUAGCGACAGCGGGGGUGGUUGGUUGCUGCUGCUGCUCCAAGAACCCUAGAGGAAGCUCGAGGCGGCCGCCAGGGGUUUCUCGCGCCACAGGCCGCUCCAAAACAGAGAUGGUGACAGCCGAAAGCCUACGUGCAGAGCUGUCAUCCAAGACGCCACCGUUUGGCCUGAGGCUGUGGAUAGUGAUUGGCAUCAGCAUCUGGGUGGUAAUCUUCUGUAUACUGGGUUUCAUGUGCUUCUGGUCCAUUUACCGGAGGAAGCCGAAGAAGUCUGUUGAUAAGAUCCCAGUAUCUCAAAUCCCGGAUGUAUCAAAGGAGAUUGCAGUAGAUGAAGUGCGCCAGCAUGCUGUUGUUGAGAACUAUCAAGCUCAAGAAAGCCACACCUUGACGGUGCAGGAGAAACCUCAUGACAAAGAUUCUGGGAAAAUGCUGGGACACUUGGUCAGGACAAAGUCGAGCGAUGCCGAUAAUUUGAGCCAGUGCAGCUCGGCCUACCAAUGCGAUAGGGCUGGUAGUGCUUAUUCUGGCGAUGAAGGCAGCUCGGGCAACGCUAGGAGGCAAUAUUCUCAGUAUGCGACCGUCUCCGCAUCUCCUCUUGUUGGACUCCCCGAAUUUUCGCACUUGGGUUGGGGCCAUUGGUUCACUCUGAGGGAUUUGGAGCAUUCGACGAAUCGCUUCUCUAAGGAGAACAUCAUUGGAGAGGGUGGAUAUGGGGUGGUUUACCGUGGUCGACUCAUAAAUGGGACUGAUGUAGCAAUAAAAAAGCUACUGAAUAACAUGGGCCAGGCAGAAAAGGAGUUCAGGGUUGAAGUUGAGGCUAUUGGCCAUGUCAGGCAUAAAAAUCUCGUCCGUCUGCUAGGAUAUUGUGUUGAAGGAAUCCACAGGAUGCUUGUGUAUGAGUAUGUGAAUAACGGAAACUUAGAGCAGUGGAUUCAUGGCGCCAUGCGGCAGCACGGUGUUCUUACCUGGGAAGCUCGAAUGAAAAUCAUUCUUGGAAUUGCUAAAGCGCUUGCUUACCUACAUGAAGCCAUAGAGCCAAAAGUUGUGCACCGUGAUAUCAAAUCAAGCAAUAUCCUAAUUGAUGAGGAUUUCAAUGGGAAGCUUUCCGAUUUUGGAUUGGCUAAGAUGCUGGGUGCAGGGAAGAGCCAUAUCACGACUCGAGUUAUGGGAACUUUCGGGUAUGUGGCCCCCGAGUAUGCCAACACAGGUCUGUUAAACGAGAAGAGUGAUGUGUACAGUUUUGGCGUGCUGCUCCUGGAAGCAGUGACUGGGAGGGAUCCUGUUGACUAUGGUCGGCCAGCUAAUGAGGUGCAUCUGGUGGAGUGGCUCAAAAUGAUGGUCGGCACAAAGAGAGCCGACGAGGUGGUGGACCGUGACAUGGAGGUGAAGCCAACCAUCCGUGCUCUCAAGCGCGCCCUCCUAGUGGCGCUGCGGUGUGUCGACCCGGACUCCGAGAAGAGACCCACGAUGGGUCACGUCGUCCGGAUGCUCGAGGCAGAGGACGUCCCGUCGCGGGAGGACCGGAGGAGCCGGAGGGGCGGCCAUGCCGGUGGUGGCAACGCGGACGCCGAGUCCAAGGCGAGCUCGAGCGAGUUCGAGGUGAGCGGCGACUCGGGGCCCUCGGCGAGGUUCCAGCCAUGAAGAUCGGCGUCGACGAACGAGGGCGUCCCCGAGAACUCGGCUCCGGCCGAGGGUAGUAGAGAUAGCAUGAUGAGCAUUUCCUGUAGGACAUUGCAUUGCGCUUCAUUUUGCAUUGUAGGCGGUAGAGAAAGAGCAGUGCUGAUUGAUCAUGCGUGAUCAUCAUCCCCUGAGACUGAGACCUUUGUUCUAGCUUCCUUUCGGCACCCUGUACAGAUUGUUUCCUCCUUUCUUUUCUGUUUUCUUUGUCUAGGGUAUCUCUUUGAACAAUAAAUAAACCUAUUAAGAUUUUUAGGGUAUUAAGAUUGUAUUAUUAAA